AGAUUACUCGUCAUGUGAUUCCGUCAUCAGUGUGUGCCGCGCACCGAAGCGUAGGCAGCCAAACGAUGUCAGUUGUUUCUAAACGUUUUUUUGUAAUGUAUUUAUCAUAAAGUUAAACAAACACAGCCUUUCGCUAACGGAUAACAAUUUCCUACAACAUAUAUGAUAUUUAUAAUCUUUGUUUAUCGUAACCUGACCUAAUCAGGGAAUGAAAAUGUAAUGUUAGCUAUCGAGCUUACACAAGGUAGGUCGGCGUUAGCUGUUAGCUUUUAAAGCUGUAUGUGAGCACAAAGGCCGUGUGCACCUCCUCUCCUUUGUGACAAUGUACCCCUCCUGGGGAAAUUUUGGAGGACCCCAACCGCAAAACUAUGGAGGGCCUGGGCCUCGGAAGCAACCUGGUGGCGGUCAUGUGGGCCAAGCAGCGGCGUUCGGCAGCUUCGACUCCUCAUCCAGCGGUUCACUGUUCUCCAGCCUACAGGAGCAACACCGCCAGCAAAUGCAGCAGCUGCAGAUGCUGCAUCAGAAACAGCUCCAGUCUGUGUUACAUCACGGCAACCAUGCUAACGCUUACGGUGCUGGACACUUAGGUGGGUAUUCAGGGACAUCAUGGCACCCAGAAGGGUCAGGACAUUCAGACAGCGGUGUAGGAACCCAGUCGUACCAUAAACAAGACGAGACUCCAGGUCAGCCGGCGAGAGGUGCCUCUGCUCCUCAGCUGGGCAACUCGCAGCCUCCUCCGCCUCCACCGCAACCCAGCGAGUCCCAACCGGUUCCUCCCCCUCCAGAACCUCCGUCAUUAAAGCCACCGGAGAACAGCGAUGCUCCCAGUGAGCCCAACAAGAAACCCUCAUCCACGACUGAAGACGACAAAUCCUUACCUUUGCAGGAGCAGCAGCAACUUUGGUACAAACAGCAUCUUCAAAAUCUACAGAAAUUAAAGCAAGAGAGAGCCAAACAGAAUCAGAAAGAAGGUGAUGGUCCUGUGCCACAACCACCCCUGCAACAAGCAGCUCCCCCUCCUCCAUCAGACCCACCAAAAGGCAUACCUCCUCCACCACCUCCAAAGGAGGAGCCCCCAGUACCACCUCCACCCCCUGAGGAAGUAAAGAGUGAAAAUGCAGGAAAACCUGCUACACUUACAGACACACCCAAGGUUCCCCAAGAUCCAGAGGAGGCUGCCCGCCUCCAGCAGUUACAAGCUGCAGCAGCGCAGUGGCAACAAGUGCAGCAACAGAGAGCAGGCUUACAAUACCAGGCUCUCAUGCAACAACACGAAAAGCUUCAGCACAUCCUGGAACAAUACCAACAGCUGAUUCAGCAACCUCCAAACCUACAGUCAUUGUCUGCUGAAAUGCAGCUGAGGCACUACGAAAUGCAGCUGCAACAGUUCACCCCUUUAUUUCAAGACUGGGAUCGCUCUUUCAUCCUGUGGCAUGAACAGUUCCAGACCUAUCCUCACAAAGAUCAACUGCAGGACUAUGAACGCCAGUGGAAACAGUGGCAGGAGCAGAUGAAUGCCACCAAUGCCCACCUUCAAGAAAGGGUGGCAACUCUCACUGCCAUGGUGCCAUUCGCCUCAGGCCAGUAUAGUGGUGGAAUGAUGGGACAGUAUGGCCAGUACCCUGGACAAGACAUGCAAAUACAGCAGCAGUCAAUAAAACCAGAUAUGCAGCAUUCACCUGUUGCUGUUGGUCCCAGGCUGACUGGCUUUGGACCACAUUCAGAUUCACCUGCUGGGCCCCCUGUGAGAGGCGGUGGCCCUGCUGGCAUAGUCAGACCUCCAGGUCCUCCCAACAUUCAGUCACCAAGCUUCAACAGCAUCAGUGGUCCACGUGGAAAUAACCCAAGAUUUGAGCAGCCUCAGCAACGCUUUGAUGGUCCCCCAAGGUUUGACCAACCACAGCAACACUUCAGCGGUCCCCCAAGGUUCGACCAACCACAGCAGCGCUUUGAUUGUCCCCCAAGAUUUGACCAACCACCACAGCGCUUUGAUGGUCCCCCAAGGUUUGACCAACCACCGCCUCGCUUUGACAGUCCCCCAAGGUUCAACCAACCACAGCAGCGCUUUGAUGGCCCUCCUCGAUUUGACGGACCACGAUUUGGGCGGUCUAGGUUUGAUCAGCCCCCAAGGCCCCCUGGCCCCCCACCUCGUUUUGAACGUCCACCUGUGCCUCAGCAAACACAACCGCAAGGUCCCCAACCUGAGGCAGAACCAGACACUAAAGAGCCUGCCAGUAAUGAUUCUAAGACUCAAGGAAAAUCAACUGGGCAGCCACAGUCUGAAAAAGAAAAGACUGAAUCAGAAACAGAGAAGAAGACCAAAGCUGAAGACAUGACAGAUGACAACUUGCUUGGAACUGAAGGCUUUUUUGUUCAAAAUGACCCCAUUCCUCAGACGUUACAAACAAACACAAAACCUGAGGAACCUGAUGGCAAUAAUGCUUGUCACAAUAGCGAAAAACCCAAACCUGCUACCAGCAAGCCCUCUGUAUCUGCCCCUUCUGCUGUAGGAUCUGACAGUGGUGCUGCUCAAAAUCCCCUUAAACCUGAUGGACCUUUGACAAGCAACAAACCUCCACCUGUUUCGAAGCUCCCUGGAAUCCAACAGGAGACACAAGCCUCUGGCCAAAUGCAGUCAAGACCAGAUCCUCCAAGACCUCCCCCUGGUAGGGGACGAGGCCAGCCUCCAGUACCUGUCCAAGUACGUGGACGAGGACGUGGACAGAUGAGCUGUGAGUUCAGAGGACCAAACACUGUUCCUCCUGUGGAGAAAAUGGGAGAAGCAUCUUAUGACUACAUGCCACCAGAAGAGGACUUUGGAAUGCCAGAAGAACAGGAAGAACAUCAGGAAGAUUAUCACUGGCAGGAUCCUUCAUAUGAUGAAUGGGGUGGUGGGGAGUCAGAGAUGCCCCCUGAAGAAAUGUGGAUGCCAGAUGAACAUCAUUUCCCAACAGAGGAAGAUUAUUAUGAAGAGCCGAUUGCCGGACGCCCUAUGGGACGAGGAGGGCCAGCAAGAAUGAGAGGAGGACCCCCUAUGGGAAGAGGAGGCCUACCUAUGGGCAGAGGUGGUCCUCCACUGGGAAGAGGAGGUUUGCCUAUGGGUAGAGGUGGGCCGCCUAUGGGUAGAGGGGGGCCACCUUUGGUGAGAGGGGGACACUCUUUAGCUAGAGGAGGUCCACCUAUGGGUAGAGGAGGUCCACCCAUGGGCAGAGGAGGUCCAAUCCCUAUGGGCAGAGGAGGUCCACCCCCUAUGGGAAGAGGAGGACCACCACCCAUGGGAAGAGGAGGACUACCCUCCAUGGGAAGAGGAGGCCCACCUAUGGGAAGAGGAGAGCCAGUGGAUAGGCAGUGGGAAGAUCUUGAGUCAGCGGAGUACUCAGAGGAAGGAGACCCUUACUGGGGAGAAUGGAAACCUCCAAUGAGAGGCAUGAGACCCCCAUUUCCACCAGGCCGGGGUCGACCCCCACGUGGUCAUCCAGGUUUCAUGCACCAAGGACGAGGACGCCCCCCUCACCAAGCACAUGGGCCAAUGGAUCACGAGUCAUUAGGCCAUGAAAUGGACCCUGGUGAUAUUGAUCCAGCAAGGCACCCCAUGUACCAUGGACAUGACCCUCAUAGCCAUCCAAUGCAUCCUGAUGUCGGAAGAGGCAGGCGUCGCGUGCCACCACCACCUCAUGAAAUGAUGCCCCCAAUGGAGGAGCCAUUGUACGAUGAAGGAAUGGAGAGCGACAUGGGGUGGCAACCACCAUAUGGAAGAGGUCGUCCUCUGCCUCCACAUGAGAUAAUUGAUAGGGGAGGAGUAAGGAGGAGACCCUCUGGUCGAGGAAUGGCUAGAGGCAUGUGGCGGCCAGGUCCAACACACAAGGAAUACGAAGAGGAAUACAAUGAAGGUUAUGUCAAGGAUUAUGGUCAUGGGGAUGAUAGUUAUCGCUGGCGGCCACAACUGGACUGUCCCCCCGAUGACUAUCAGCAUGAGGCCAAGUACUAUGAUUCUGAAUGGGACAGAGAGCAUGCUCCUCCUCCUGAGAGGGACUACCCGCCCCGCAUGCCACCAGCAGAGCCCUACAGAGAUGGUUCUGUAGGUCACCCAUACCCAUAUGAUGAGCAUGACAGGGGAAGAGGAGAACUUAGAAUCCGUGAAUACAGGGAUGAUCCCCCAUAUCGACAAGAAGAGUCAUCAUACCCACCACCACCCUCAGAAUGGGAUAGGACUUCAAGACUUCCUCCACCACCAGAAAGAGGGUAUCCUGUUGACUAUGAGGAUCGCAGACCUCGCUAUGAGGAGCACAGAGAAGAGCCUCCCUUGGACAGACCUCCACCUGUACCUUCUGCUGCACCUGUUGCAAAAUUGCCAGAGAGCACGGUUGAUCUGGCCCCACAAGGAAUGAGUGGAGCUAAUGUACUUGCUCUCUCCCAGCAUCAGCAUGAAAUUAUCCUGAAAGCUGCUCAAGAGCUUAAACUCAUGAGGGAAUUGAAGGAGGGGAAGACACCUGUUACUGAGCCUCAGCGUCCACCAACUGACAUCCUGCCUGAACUCCCUGCUGGUCUUCUUGGUUUGGAGAUCCCACAAGAAGUCAGGAAUGUUCUGAAGGGUAUGACUGCAGCUGCACAGACGGCUGUAACUGUAUCUUUGGAUACCAAAGCUGCUACCACAGAUUACCAGUCUACUUUCUCUACCACAUCUACACCUACAGUGAUUCCAAAGACUGUGGAUUAUGGACAUGGGCAUGAGCCUGGAGCCACCGUUGAGCGGAUCUCUUAUGGUGAGAGAAUUGUGUUGAGGCCUGAUCCAGUGCCUUCAGACAGGGGCUAUGAAAAAGAACCACUCGGUCACAGAGAUCCUUACAGCAGAGACCCAUAUUAUGAAAGACGAUCAGACCCGUACAUGGACCGCCGGGAGUACAGUAGAGAGAGGGAAUUAUACAGAGAAAAGCUUCCACCUGGAUAUGAAAGAGAAAGAUUUGAGAGGGAGCGCUAUCCCCCGAGAGAGAGAGAUGAAAGAUCUCCACUGGCACAACCUUUACGCUCAGGAUACAGGGAGAGAGACAGAGAUCUUCGAGAGAAGGAGCGAAGUAGCAGUCGUGAUCGAGAUGAACAUUAUGGAAGGACUGGCUAUGAUAGACCUCCAUAUGAGCGCAGUGGACUCGACCGAAGUGGGCCAGAGCGUUACAGCCACAGCCCCUCACCUUUUGUGGACAGAAGAAGCUAUCCAGAGGACAGAGGGCCUCCCAUUGCACCACCAUUGCCACCUCCACCUCAGCCACCCCCACGAGUCGAGAGGAAGCCAGAAACCAAGAAUAUCGAUGAUAUCCUCAAACCACCUGGCAGAUUGUCUCGGCCUGAAAGGAUUGUCAUCAUAAUGAGAGGGCUUCCAGGAAGUGGGAAAAGCCAUGUUGCAAAGCUCAUACGGGAUAAGGAAGUUGACUGUGGUGGUGCACCUCCGAGAGUUCUUGUUUUGGAUGACUAUUUCAUGACGGAAGUUGAGAAAGUUCAAAAGGACCCAGACACUGGGAGGAAUAUCAAAACCAAGGUUCUUGAGUACGAGUAUGAGCCCGAGAUGGAGGACACCUACAGGAGCAGCAUGCUUAAAACAUUCAAGAAAACUCUGGAUGAUGGCUUUUUCCCCUUCAUCAUUUUAGACACUAUUAAUGACAAGGUUAAACAUUUUGAUCAGUUCUGGAGUGCAGCCAAAACGAAAGGCUUUGAGGUGUACGUGGCUGAAAUCACCGCAGACACUCAGACUUGUGCAAAGAGGAAUGUCCAUGGGCGCACACUUAAGGACAUAAUGAAGAUAUCCAACAACUGGGAGUCUUCACCACGUCAUAUGGUGCGCUUAGAUGUCCGGUCCCUGCUUCAGGAUGCUGCUAUAGAAGAGGUUGAAAUGGAAGACUUCAAUCCCGAUGAUGAACCCAAGGAACCUAAGGGAGAGGAGGAAGAAGAGGGUGAUCUGGGCUACAUUCCAAAAAGCAAAUGGGAGAUGGACACGUCUGAGGCGAAGCUUGACAAGUUGGAUGGUCUGGGAGGGAGUGGGAAGAGGAAACGUGAAGACAUGGCAGGCCUGGAUCACUACCUUCAGCUGCCAGACGAUUAUGCCACACGUACAUCUGAACCUGGAAAGAAAAGGGUUCGGUGGGCUGAUCUCGAGGAACAGAAGGACGCAGAUCGUAAGCGUGCUAUUGGCUUUGUGGUGGGUCAAACGGACUGGGAGAGAAUAACAGAUGAGAGUGGCCAGCUGGCACAAAGAGCUCUCAACCGUACCAAGUAUUUCUAAGAAGAUCCUCUUGUCCCUUUUUUUUGCUUUCAUUGAAAGAUGCCCAGAAUGUGAAGCUUGUAUGAGACUCAACGGAGUGACGUCACCAAUAGUUAUCAAAUUCUUAGUUAUUUCGUUGGUAAAAAUACAGUAUAUUUUUUUCUUCUUUUUAAACUAGCAAUCUGGCUAUUUACCAAUAAACUUCUGGUUUAUGGUUCCGUGCUUCUUCCUCUGUUGAUAUAUCCUGUGUUUAGUCAUUGUUUUUGCUGUUUUAUAGUCUCCAUGCUUUCUGUACUGUAUUCCUGUACACAGUUUCUUGGUCCAUUCAAACUUGAAAAAGACAAUAAAGGUUUCACAAAACGG